AUGAAAGAUUUAAAUCAUGUUUUAAAUGAAAUGAAAAUUAUGAAUUUUAAGAAAAUUGGAGAUGAUGAAUAUACAAAUGAAUGUUUAAUGGAAUUUAAAGAUAUUGAAGUACUUAAUCAUUUAAUUAAAUAUUAUGGAAAAGAACAUAUGGAAAGAAUUCAAAAAUCAAUGACUCAAACUUUUUUAUAUACAACAAUCAGAGUUAAUACAAUGAAUACCAAUAAAGAUAAAUUAUUAAUUGACCUUUCAAAUCAUUUCAAAACCAAUGAAAAAUCAAUAGAAAAUCAAGAAAUUUUUACAAAUUUUAAAUCAUUUAAUGAUAUUUUAAAUAAUAUUGAAAAUAAUAAUAAUGAUAAUGAUAAUAAUGAUGAAAUUAAAAAUCAAAUUUCAAAAGAUACAAUAUUUAUAAAAACAAUUGGACCAUUAAUACCAAAACCAAUUUAUCCACAAAUUAUUGUUGAUUUAAUUUGUGGUGAAGCAGUAUUAAGGGGUAGUAAUAUAUUUUCAAUUGGUGUAUUAGGUUCAAAUAAAUAUAUUAAAAAAGGUAAUAUGGUAUCAGUAUUUGUAACAAUUGAUAGCAGAGUUUCGAAAGGUGAAAUAUUUGAAGAUUGUUUCAAAGAGAAAUGUGCAUUCAUUGGUAAUGGUAUAAGUUUAUUGGAUAGAGAUGAUUAUCAUCAAACUAGAGUUGGUGUUGCAAUUGAAAUGACUGAAAGAUUAUAUGUUUGUCCACCUUUAAAUUCAGUAUUAGAGGAUAAAAUGUUUUUACAACAUUUACCAUCAAUCUAUACAGUUUAUCAAUUAGAACCAAAAUUAGGUGAUAAAAUUAUUGAUAUGUGUGCUGCUCCAGGUGGUAAAACUACAUUAAUUGCAUCAUUAAUCCAACAAUUUGAAAUUAAUAAUAAUCAAAAUAAUCAAAAAUAUCAAAACAAUAAUGAAAUUAAAACUGAAAUAUUUGCAUUAGAUAAAAAUAAAGGAAAAGUUAAAAAGAUUAUUGAUUUAUGUAAAAGAUUAUCAUUAGAUAAAUAUGUAACAUGUUUAGCAAAAGAUUCAUCAAAAUUAACAAAAGAAAAUCAACAAGAUCCAUUGGAUAAAAUUAGAUUUCAAAGUAAUUCAUUUGAUAAAGUUUUAUUAGAUGGACCAUGUUCUGGACUUGGAUCACGUCCACGUUUAAUUGAAUCAAGUAGUUUAGUUGAUUUAACAAAUUCAUCAGAAUUUCAAAAGAAAUUAAUUGACCAAGCAGUUUCAUUAUUAAAACCAGGUGGUAUUUUAGUUUAUUCAACAUGUUCAAUUAAUCCAGAAGAAAAUGAAUUAAAUGUUUCAUAUCUUUUAAAUAAUUAUCCAGAAAUGAAAUUAAUUCCACAAAUUCCUCAUAUCUCUCAACCAGGUCUACCAAAUUGUGGUUUGACUGAACAACAAUGUAAAUUAGUUUCAAGAUUUGAUCCAUCAGAUUCAAAUAUUGGUACAAUUGGUUUCUUUAUUGCAAAAUUUACAAAAAUAAAAAAUUAA